AUGGCGAUUUAUCAUGCACUUGGACAUCUCCGAGAAGAGUACCGGGCCGAGCUCGACCCAUCAGACCUCGCCAUGAUUUCUCGCAGAGCUAGGAAUGGAGAUAUCAUUCGUACCGUAGAGGAUGACUCCAUUCUUUCAUAUGUCCAAGACUUGGGGAGUCUCAUCAGGAACCGGGAAAUCCAGACGUGCCGAAACUCGAAGGUACACAGGAGGCUGUUGUUCCGUGAACUGGAACUGGAGGAGAAGGCACGCAUGGACUUCCUUGAACAUGAAGAAGAAGUCAAGGAUUUUAUGGAUAGAAUCGAGGACAGGGAUAAAUAUAUUGCCAAACUGGAGGAGAAGAUGGACCUGGGAGAAGACCUUUUUCCGAGUGGAGAUGAUGGACCCCUCGAAAUGGCGGACGAGGAGUUAACUGAUAUCAUGGUAGACAUGGAGUUUGGAGAACUGAUGAAAGACUGGAUAGAAGAUUGGUCAGAUGAAAUCCAGAUCAUCGAUGAGCUUGAUGAUGAUCAGGAAAACAACUCGGAGCUCUCGAAUGAAGAUUACAUUAGUCAGUUCAUUUCCGAAUGUCAUAAUGUGUACGACUAUUACGGUGAAUCCGACGCGGAGACAGGCCUUAACGACGAAUUAUUAGACGCACCUGAUUCUGGGGAGUCCCAGUCGUCGGUCAUCAUGAGUGAGGUGACACAAGAUGAUGGGGCAAAGAAUGUCCAAGAUACUGCCAGUGCAGAUGAUAAGAGGGAUAUGUUCAUGCAGAUAAUGGAAAUGACCUUUACGUCUCACAAUGUUGCUUAUGAUUUCUACAACAGCUAUGCUAGAGAUAAUGGUUUCAGCAUUAGAAAGAAUAAGGUUAGGCAUAGCAAAACGGAGUCACGUGAUAUGCGUUAUAGGCGGUUUGUUUGUUCCAGACAAGGAAAACGUGACAGCAAGUUGCUAACCGAGGAAGGACACAGCCGUAGGCUCAGAGCCGAGACACGCUGCUUUUGUGAAGCGCACCUGACCGUCAAGCUUGACCAAAAGCGUGGGGUUUGGUAUGUUGAAAGUUUUGAGGACAAGCAUAGCCAUAUGUUGGCAGGACCAAACGAGGUACCUUUUCUUUGGUCCCACAGAAAAAUCAAAGAGUACCAGAAGCAUGAGAUAAUGUCCAUGGGAGCUGCAGGGAUUAGAACUCACGACAUGAUGGAUUGCUUCAUCAGCAAACAUGUAUGGUACAGCGGUGUUGGUUUUACCAGGCGUGAAAUAUACAACCUUUGUGCCAAGGAGAAGAGGAAGCUGCUUUCAAAAGGUGAUGCUGCCACAGCCAUAGGCAUCAUGGCCAGUAGGAAACAGAGGGAUCCUAGCUUCUUUUUCGAGUACAAGCUAGAUAAGGAAGGACAUUUGAAUAGGAUGUUCUGGUGCGACUCCCAGUCUCGUCAUGACUAUGAGGACUUCGGCGACGUGCUUGUAUUUGACAGCACGUACAAGAUGAAUUGCUAUGGUAUGCCAUUCAUACCUUUUGUUGGUCUUAACAAUCACCGGAAGACCACUGUUUUUGGUUGUGCCAUAGUUUCGGACGAGACCGAGGAGACAUACGUGUGGCUUCUGCAGACUUUUUUGAGGUCCAUGUGUCAAAAGAUGCCUAAGAGUGUUAUCGCAGACGCCGACGCUGCGAUGAUCAAGGCAAUUCGCGAAGUCUUGCCAGACGUGUGCCACCGUAUAUGUACGUGGCACAUAGAGAAAAAUAUGAAGAUUCACCUCAGUCACAAGUCCUUGAAGGAGUUCCGAACUCUUCUAUACUACAGCACGUCCACGGCCACGUUUGAGGAGAGAUGGCACUCAUUUUCCAAAAGAUGGCAAUCGGAAAAAACUGUAACAUGGUUGAGGCGGAUGUAUAAGAAGAGGAGACUGUGGGCCGCGGCUCAUCUAACAGAGGGGUUUUGGCUUGGCAUGAAAAGCAACCAGCGGAGUGAAAGCCUGAACUCAUGCCUUCACCUCCACCUAGACGGUGAAAUGACCCUGGUGGAUAUGAUUUUGCACUAUGAGAACGCCGUUGUGCGUAUCCGUGAAAACGAGGCGCGAGAUGACUGCACGGCCUCACAGAGUUUACCGGUGCCAGUUACUAGCUCGAGGGAACUUGAGAUAGUUGCUUCUCACGUCUUCACUCCAGCAAACUUCUAUAUGUUGCAAGAUGAUCUUAGAAAAAUUGACGGCAUGGAGAUUGUAGAAAUUAAGCUGGGAGACGGAUCACAGCAGUACAUCGUGGCCUGGAAGAAUAACCGGAAGCGCCAUUUUUGGGUGGAGUAUACACCAGUAAAUUCCGCAGAAACUAUAAGGUGCAGCUACAGAAGAAUGAUUCAAAAGGGUCUACCUUGCAAGCACAUAUUCCAUGUACUGAAGCACUUGAACAUAUCUGAAAUACCAAAGUGUUUAGUUCUUGUUCGGUUCAUGAAAGAAGCAAGGUUGGGACUGCCCGCGAGGCGCACAAGCAAUCUGUUGGGAUUUGGUUGGACUAGGGCCGGGGAAAGAAUGAAAUAUAGCCAGGAAAAUUUGUUGAAGCAAACAAAUGACAUCAGUAAGUGUGCAGUUGAAUAUGUGGACGAUGGUGAAGGCAACAUGAUUGAGGUUAAAGAUCCUAUGAAAGUGUCAAGCAAAGGUGCAACAAAGGUAGAUGAGAGCUGCCCUGUCUCGAAAAAUGGUAGACCACUCUCUUUUGAUGAGUUGAAAACCCGGUGCGGCGCUUGCAAAUUGGUAGGACACACUACACGUAGCAAGAAAUGCAAACUAAAUCAGAAAAAAGUGGAGAAGGAACAAGAGUAG